AUCAUCAAACAUGUUGACGUAUAUAUCCUGCCACUGCCAGUAUUGUCUUUUUUCAACACCCCACCUCCGAUUUUUUCAUUCUCCUUUUUUUCUUUUUUCUUUUUUUGUUUAAGAUAUUGCGUGUGGUAAGUUGGUGCUGGGCAAGCGAAUACAAAAUUCAACAUUUGUUCGAAUUAAAUUAUGCGGAGAACUUCCUAUAAGCCAUUGCUAAAUGCUUUUAUUGUCAGAAAGUUAAUCUGUUCUGUUUCAAUCAGUGGCAAAUGCAGGAUUUUUCUAAGCAUUGUCACUAUUGUCACAAUUUGGUUCAAUUUUUAAAUGUGGUCAGGUCUAAGACUUUGUUGGUUUCCGAUUCCAAAUUGAUAUUUAUUUUGAAUUUUUUCAAUUGUGUUGGCUUACUAUAUACACAAAAUUAUACAUAUUGUAUUUACCUGCACAUAUAGGAAAGUUUUCAAUGAUACAUCUUACCAGAGGGUGUCUCUGCCUUUAUGUGUUUGAUAAUAUGUGUAAUUGGUCACACUUGUUAAGUUUCUAACAUCUUUCAUUCACUGACAGCAACUUGUUACACCUGAUUUCUUCAAAAACUCCUACACAAAAUGGUUCUUCCGAAUGAUAUUGAUUUGUUUAACCCUCCUGGUGAGCUUGGGACAAAUAAACAUAAGCUAAAGUUUUUAAUCCAAAGAACUACUUGUUUUGUGGAAAAGAAAUGUCAAGGCUGCUACAAUGUGACUAUAGUUCACGAUCGUCAUCAAUCAGUUGUUCUAUGCGGCCAUUGCCAAGAUGUGGUUGGCCGACCAACCGGUGGGCGAAUUAAGCCUACAGAAGGUCACUGUGUUAGGGCUAAAAAAGAAAGCUAAGAUGGUCAUUUAAUUUGCCUGACAUUGGCUAUAGUUGGUUUAGACUUUAGAACUGCCAAGUUGAUCUAGGUACUCAAAGGAUAUGUUAUUCAACAGAUUAGGUUUUUCGUUUACUCUGUUUCUUUUGAGAAAAACUAUGAAUAGUUUGGCUAUGAUAUUACUCUGUUACUGCAAUUUGAAGAGGUUAAUCUUCUUGGCCUGGCUUCAAUUUUGUCCUUGUGAAAAUCCAAGCAUGAAGUUUUACAUGGUACUGUUUACUGUUGUAGAGGAAAAUACAGUAAAAACCUGUUAUAUCCAGUUAAAUUGCACCGCUAGUCAUGUAUGAUUCUUUUAUAUUGUCAGAGUAUAUAACUUAAAUCCUUUGUGGAACCGUUCAAUUUUGGCUGUAGAUUCAACAAGCACCACGAAACUGCAGAACACUUUGCUUUGUCAAUGGAUAAAUUAGGAAAGUAAUUAAGAACACAGACUGAAUUUCUUGAUAAGAAGGCAUUGCCUCCAACACAAUUAAUAGCAAUGCAACAAACUGAACAAGGACAUUCGGUUAAACAGUAGUUCAAUCCAAAACUAAAAGACUAGCAUGACAUACAUGUGAAACUUGAAAACCCCAACUUAUCCAUGAUGGAGAAGUAAGAUGAUAAAACAAGA